GAACAUGCCACUGUCACGGCAAUUUUUAAAAGUUAAAAAAAAGUUUAUUUAAAAAGGAUGAUUUCCCAAUGACAUGCUAUUAAGUGUACCUUGGUAUAAAACCAGAACAGGCUUUAUUCAGAAAACAGAAAAAUAUUGCAAGCUGACCAAUCACUGUUGUGAACUGGUAUGCUAGCAAAUUGGCACAAGGAAUUUAAAAUUUUUAAAACUUCCUUUUUUAAUGUGGCUGCUGAUGGUAUUAAGGCUGUCUUGUUCUAGUUCCGAAGAAUCCAGUCCGAAGGUUAUCAGGAUGGACCGAGUGUAUUGAAUUCCGCAAACAAAAGGAAGGAACAAAAGAGGUGAUACAGUCAUGCUCUGGUGAACACACUAAGUGAAAGCUAGGUGUAUGUAUAUUUUUACCUCGGGGCAUCAUGGCAGAUAGCUAGCACAGUGCUAGGGCUAUGGUGAGUGUGCUGUGUUGUGUGAACGCUAUACCGACUAUGUAAUGUAUAUGGGAUAGACUGAGUUCAACGAUUAGGUAUGUAUUGCUUCCCCUUGAGUGGGAAUUUCUGGCGGUUUUCUUCAGUGUUGUAAGUGAGCCACUGCCAUGUGUUAAUGUUGAGGCCUACAUCGCUACUAUAAGACCACUACAGGACUUUACUACGCCAGCCCUUCGAAAGUUUAUAAAAUUACUCUUUGUGUGUUGUGUGUAGUCGGCUUCCAUGUACAGGUUACUGAAGACAGAACAGGACAGUUUGUCCGAGGGAUAAAUAUAGUGCCAUGGUGUACCUGUAGCCUCCUCGUGUGUGUACAGUCAUUAUCGGUGGUGAUUUCAUUCGGUUGUCUGAUGGAAUUUUAUUCAUGCCAGUUCUGGAAUGUGUUAGCCCCUUCUUCUUAUUGCACCUGAAAACGAAGAAAAAGUUGUCAGCGUUUGACGAGCAACGACAAUCCUACAGCAGGAGGAAUGUUGAGUGAGCAACAGAAUGUCAAUGGAGGAAGAGCCUAAUCAUGUCAAGUCUGAGGCGGAGAGUUCCGAGGGGGGCAAGGAAACGACCGGUGUCCAGACAGGUCAUGAUGCGGACCCGCUACAGAAGUCUCGCAGAGGCCUCGUCGUCAGCCGGCCCCCCAGCUGUCACCUGACACGCGUUGACGAGGAACCGACAACCACUCAAGACGACAAGGGGCGUUCAUCACAAGUUGAGACUGUUGACCGUGGAGUGGGACCAACACCACACCCACCUCAUGUGGAUCCCCAUAUCCGGGAGCCACGCAUUCCAGCCCCAGGGUACUUCGUAAACCCACUCCUAGACCCCCGUAAUGGCCUCCUUGAACAUGGAUACGGUAAUGGUUACGGGUUUCCCUAUGGUCACUUCCCAUACCCUAUAAACCAGCCCCUCCCUCUCGACUCACACACGCUGGAGGGGCGAUACCAUUGGCCUCCCUCUAGUCCGUAUCACCAGCACAUGCCAGGACUUGCUGCCAGUCCGUCCCACUCUGAUGUAUCGGUGCUUAGUAUGCGUAGCCCGAUAGGACCAGGGGAGCCUGUGACGAGCCUCGCAGCACGAAUACACUGGGAACAGCUCCAAAGGAAUUACCUUUAUCAGAGUCCGUUGUCAGGACGACGGUUCAGUCCAUCGUCACUACCAGGUCUUCCACUUGGUGGUCCUGGAUCUAUUUAUAGUGACUACCCCAGUCAUGUGUCAUACAGUGGGCGGAGCAUGUUUGGGGACAUUCCGCCCACUCCUGGGAGUGGCAGUAUCACACUCCCCGGCUCAUUAGAAAGUUCCCGCCUCGCCAGCCCUCGUCCCAGUAUUAUAUGUAAAAGUCGGAAACGGGCGUUGUCUCAUUCUCCCAUCUCUGACUAUUUGGACAUACAAAGCCUCACAAGGAGUUCCGAAGGAUCAUUACAAUUCACUCCAUUCUUACAUAGUACAAACUCGAGGAGUUCCAGUGCAGCUAGUGGGUCCUAUGGUCAUUUAUCUGCAGCCUCCCUUGGAACUGCGAGUCCCGCCAUGCAGCAGAUGGGACAUGCCAUGAACCCCUACAUGCGAUCAGGACCCAGCAGUAUGGCAGGAUCCCCUUUCAUCUAUCCCAUGAUGCCUCCAAUGAUGGGGGCCGGGAGAAUUCCUCCAGGGACUAUUAUACCACCUACCUCACAUUCACAACCCAUUCACCCGCAGCCAAAGCACAACCCACCACCCCAGAUCUCCACGACAACCAAAGAGGCUGGAAGUAGCGUGGUGAGCAGUAGUACAAUAGACAAUACCAUGGGGGAGAAUAAACGGUCGAAAAUUAAAAAGGAAGUGGACCUGCCCAGUCUAGGAGAUGAUCUCCAUGAUGAAGACGAUGAGAAACACAAUGGAGAGGGAAUGGAGAAGGCAGGACAUAUCCCCGUGGAGGGGGAACCAGAUUUCAUAGAGACCAAUUGUCACUGGAUAGGCUGUAACUGCGAGUAUGAGACUCAGGACGAACUAGUCAAGCAUAUCAAUAUUGAUCAUAUCCAAGCUAAUAAGAAGUCGUUUGUAUGUCGAUGGGUCGAGUGUUCACGAGAGGCAAAACCAUUCAAGGCUCAGUACAUGUUGGUUGUACAUAUGCGCAGACAUACGGGAGAAAAACCGCACAAGUGUACAUUUGAGGGAUGUAAUAAAGCUUAUUCUCGGUUAGAAAACUUGAAGACACAUCUGCGCUCACAUACGGGAGAGAAACCAUACAUGUGUGAAUACCCAGGCUGUACGAAAGCUUUCAGCAACGCCUCGGACCGAGCCAAGCAUCAAAAUCGUACUCACUCAAACGCAAAACCCUACGUGUGUAAAGCAAUGGGAUGUACAAAGCGUUACACUGACCCCAGCUCGCUACGGAAACAUGUGAAAACUGUUCACGGUCCAGACUUCUACGCAAACAAGAAACACAAAGGAGACGGCUGUAAACAGGAGAGGAAUAUGGAAUCAGACCAGGAUCAAGACAAAAAGGAUGAUAACAGCACAAAGAAAAUGGAGGAGUGCCUUACUGUCACACCACUACAUGCUGCCAUGUCAGGGGAGAGGAGGCGGUCACAAGACAAUGUUGGUAACACUUUAUCACAGCAGCAGCCGUCGCCCCAGAGCAGUCCCGAGGUGAAUGUCACCAACUCCAUACAGCCGGAUAUAAUAGAGGAACAUGUUGGGUCCGGCACUCAGGUUACUCUGGAAGAAGAAGUGGACAUCCCUGAACCAGAGGAGGCUGAUGUGCCGGGAGGCGGGACAGGGACAGUGAUCGCCCGUAACAACCGUCUCAAUGUGGCUCAUCAGAACCGUCUCAAAGGGAAAAUGGUUGGGAAAAACAAUUCCAACUUACCUCAGAUUCCUGGUAAUAACAAUAAUCGGAUCAACAGCCAGACAUCACUAACAGAUAUGUCAAACAAGACUUCUCAAGUUAAAAAUCCACAACUCAAGAGAAUCAUGGAUCUCAAUGGUCAUGGGGACAAGCCAUUGCCAGGUUACCUGGGAGGAAGUCGCCGUGACAGCAAUACAAGUACAAUCAGCUCCUAUCUCAGUAGUAUGAGAUCGGAUGCCAGUCCGUGUUUCCCAUUUGGCAGCAAAUUCUCGAGUCGGCGAUCGAGUGAAGCCUCACAGUUCAGCGAACGUCUCAGCAUUACAAACUCUCCUUACGAGUAUGACAUUACGGGGAAUAUACCACAUCAUGGCCCACAUUGUGGUUCUAGUCGACGGUCCAGCGAGGCCAGUAACAUCAGUAAUGUAGCCGCACAGCUACAGAAAGCACAUCUUGGUAGCAACCCCAGCCUCAUAGUUCAGUCCCAAGCCAUGCCUCUACGUAGUCCCUCCAGUAAGUAUUCCAGCGAGCGGCUGGCACGAUUCUUGGCUGCUCGGAAUGAUUUGGAUGGUGCACGAACAAGUACGCCUUGUCGCACACCACUACCUCACGAAAUCCCCAACAGGGAUGUGCGCAGGUACAGUGACCCCGUGCGAACUCUUGACCCCAACUUCAGUGUACUGAAGAGACUACAAAGGUUUCAUAGUUUAAAUAUGAUGAAACCCCUCCCUGUGCCUCAGUCCAUGAAAAGUCUGUUGAGCAAGACUGGGUCAAAUAACACGUUCCAUUCUUCAAGGAGUAGUAUUAUGACAGAUCAUAGUCUUGCAGAAAAUGAGGAAUGGUCACCUGGUGGUCAAAAUGACGGAAGUAUGGACACAGACAUUGAGGCAGCGCUCAUGGAGAAAAUGUUGGAGGAUAAUGAGGAUAUGAUUAUACCAGAUGAUAUGAGGAGAUUCUUAAAUGAAAGGUAUGGAAAUCUGUUAGGGGUAGAUUCUGUGGUACCUGAGAAUGAUGAACAGCCAAUGACGAGGGGCAACAAUGUUCCCAACUCAAAUCAAGAUGUUAGGUCAAUGGAAUCGUACUCAAAUCAAGCAACCCCCAUGCCAGAUAAUAUGAAUGACAUGCAGCACUCUCCUGGUUACUAUGGAAACCAAGGAGGAAUGAACCCAUCACAACAGCAAGGCAUGGCAUUCAACAAUGGAGGGAACACCCAACAAUUCAAUCAGGGACAAAUGUGUAGUGGUGGCCCGAUGCCACAAAACAUGCAGCAACCAAUGCCACCCAAUAUGGGACAGGGUGGCAUGCCCAAUCAGCAGGGCUUGCCACCAAACAUGCAGGUGAAUCAGAUGUGGCCUCAGGGUUGUCCACCUAAUUAUAACAAUAUGCCACCAGGAAUGCAAGGUAACAACCCCUCACAGUUACCUCAGGGACAGAGUGGCAACAUGAUGUCACAAAACAUGCCACCACCUCAAACAAGUGGCAACAUGAUGCAACCACCUGUGAGUGGUGGUAUGCAACCUCCAUCAAAGGGUGGCCAGCAGAUGAUGCAGUCACACCAAGCCCAGACAGGAAUCCCUAUGAUGAAUAAUCAUAUACCACACCCUCCUGGUAGCCAGCAGAUGGCACAGGGGGUGUCAAUGCCACCAGGUGGUCCGAUGGCUCCGCAACAACGAAACAUGGGACCUAUGCCAAAUAUGCAACAUGGGAAUCGAGUGAUGAACAACAUGAAUGGUGGCAACAUGAACCAGUGGCAGGGGAGUAAUAACGGACAGAGUGGCAUGAGCCCUAUGCAGCAGGGGCAGAUGCCACAAGGUCCAAUGCCACAGCAGCAGUACAUGCCUCACCCACCCAACAUGAACAAGCAGCAAGGCAUGCAGUCGAACAUGUCUCCAAACAUGUCUCCAAACAUGCCGCCCUCAAACAUGCAGCCUAUGCCACCCAACAUGCAGCAAAGUAUGCCACCCAACAUGCAGCAUGCACCGAGGCCACCACCAUCAAGUAAACAGGAGCGCGACAGUCCACAAGUUCAAGUUCCCCAUAUCAGCACAUCACAGAUUCCAUCUAAAAACAAGGCAGCCGGUCGUAAUCACAUGAUCAUGCGUCAACAUCAACAUCAGAUGAUGGUCAAUCAGAACAUGUAUAACAACAAUCAGAUGUACCCACCACCGAUGGGCAACAUGAUGGAAGGCUACGGAGGCAACAUGUACAAUAACAUGGGACAAAAUAACAUGGUCAUGCCCCCUAUGUACCCCCAACAGAACAUGAACAUGGCCCCUCAUCCCCCACAAGGGCCUCAACCCAAACCUGGGGGUCAACAACCUCAGCCCCCACCGAUGUCCCAACAGCAACACAAUCAGCAAGUCAAACCAAACAUUUAUCAACAACAGAAUGCCUCCCAGCAGCCCCCUACAUCCGGGGGUGCAUACCCAAACCCCCUUGAAAUGUCCCCAGGGUGCAAUCAAGUCACAAGCUCGACAGAUCGCAAGGAAAUCACUGCUCCGCCCAUUGAGGAAUUCAUGGAGAACAUUAAUUCCAUUUCCUCAGAAAAUCUCUUGGAUAAUAUCAGUUCAAUAUCUACGGAGAACAUCAAUAAUAAUAUGUAUACGCCUACUGCCAUGAGUCAAAGAUCUGCAUCUCAAACAUCAUCACGCUAUAAUCCACAGUCAUUGCCCGCCAAUAACAUGGUAGUGAACGAUAUGAGCUCAGUGUUGACACAGCUAGCCGAGGAGAAUAAAUACCUAAGUAUGCGUCACUGAUGAUAAUUGUGGAACUAUUUGUGUUACCGUUUGUGUAAAGUUCUCCACUGGAUGUUUUGACCAUUUCUUCUGGACACUAAUUGGAAUUAAGUAUAGAAGUAUUGGCAUAUCAUUGCUAAAGUGUGUCAUCAACUCCAGUUUAGUUUCUCAAAAAUACAAAAAGUAUGACUUUGAAGAAAUGUUACAUAUUUUCAAAGCUUUGAUAGAGACUGACAUUUCAUAGUUCAUUUUCUUCAUCAUCAUAAUUGUGCCAGGAUUAGUGAAUUUUUACAAUCAUACAGAUUUCUGUGAAUUCUAGGAUAGUAAUCAAGUAUGAUUGACAGGUGCAUGAAGAUAUAUAUAUUAUGUGACUAGUGAAACUGGAAGUUCAAAAGUGCUAAAUAUCAUACAUGUAUAUUCUCAUAGUUCUCACCCAAGUGAGGUUUUAUCAUCUGUGGAAGUUAUUGUGUGUCUGGUAUACACAAGUGUGGUGUCGUUUAUACACUCUGGAGGAGAAAAUAAUCUCAGUUGUUUUGCUCAGUGCUAGCAUUGUGAUUUUUAUGUCACAGUGACCUACUUACAUGUAAAGUGACCUAUAUUGUAUAUUUGUUGAUGAACUAUUAUAAAUCUGUGUAUU